CGCAUGCCGGCACUGGUUGAUUAUUCUUAGAGUGCCCUGCAGUAGUUUAAUGGGCGUUGGGCCAAUCGGGGACUGCGCUGGGAAGGGGUUUCAGCUGGGAUGUGUUGAGGGUUCAGAAUGGUUUGGAAACGUUUCGAUCCUUCUUCCUGGGGUAAUGGGAGCUAUUUUCUUUCUAAUUCUUUUUUUUAAUUCAUAUCGGAUUAUCAGGAGUAUUGAAUUGUGACCUAUUCUAUUCCGUGAUGGCCUGGAAUUAUUGACACCGUGGCGCUAGAUAGUACGGUGGCUAGGUCGUGGCUUGUGUGUUGGCGGAUACUAAGUCGGUUAGCAACUUGCAGUGGUCCGAGUCAACAGUACCACGACUACUACUCUCUGUUAGCUAGAAUCAGUAACCGGGUGUUGGGAUAAAUCCCCCCGAACUGGUGAUAGGAAUGGGUUGUAUGCCGCUCUCGAGGUCUCAUAGGUCCCCUAUCGUAUUUGUUGAACGAAACCUUGCAACUAUGAAAGUGUUCCAUAGUGCGAUACCAGCCAUGUCUUGGUAUAUGUUGUUCUUUUAUGGUCUUGAGGGUGAAUUUAUUAGCAGCCGGUCACGUAUCAUGUCCUUAGCUGCACUGGAGAUUAGGGCUGGACAUACCAUGAUGGAAGAGUCAUUUGUGUUAGAUGAGAAAAAAAGCUUGCUGAAGACAAGCCUACGAGAGCCUUGGACAACGAUGA